GUAUGCUGCAAAAAAAUGGGAAAAUUGUCGUAUAAAAAGGAAAACUUUAUGCACAAAUUCAACUUACCUUCAUCUCUAUUGCUCAAUUUUUAUUCAAUGACACUAAUGCAAUAUUUGUGUCACACGAUGUUGUGUCGUUUGGUUUGUUGUGCAAAAGUAUCGUUCGGAUGGAGAACACCGGUUUGAUAUUUCCGUCGUAUUGUGGAAAAUAUAUAAAUGUAAAGCUUUGACCACAUUUACCUGUGAGAAAAGUGAACGAAAGCAUUUUCUCAUUUUGAGAUUUUCUGCAUGCAAAAUGAAAAUUGUAAUUAAAAAACUAUUCACCUUAAAAUACAACUGGGUUUGUUUGUGAAAAGCAAAAAGGUUGGAGUGACAUGAAACAUUUCACCUGACAAAAAGCAAACAAUGUAAUGUCUAUAAUGACAAAGUUGAAUUUCUGUAGCAUUAAAAAUUUAAACAUUUUUGAGUAUUGUUGGGGGGAGACGUUUAGUAGGUGAACUUAUACGUUAUUCAAAGCUACGUAUAGAAACUUUUUCCAAAGCAGUAAACAAGUUAAAACUGCGACAUUGUUUAUUUCUUAGAAGUGAUAAAAAUGAAAAUCAAUAGACGAUUUUUUUCUAAAAUAAAUUCCACGAAGAAAAGGUAAACAAAACAAUGUGUUAAAUAGAGAUUCCCAAUAUUUCACCUAGUUUUUGCGCAUAAUAAAUUUAAAAAAAAUAUCUACCUAUCAUUGAUUAUUUUUCAUAAAAUAUUAAAAAGUUUAUAAAUAUUUGUUUGUUAUUUAACAAUUUAUUAAAAAAAAUAUUUUUGCUCUUUAAAACAUUUACGAGGACUCUUGUUUUUUUUUAUUUGAUUGAAUUUUUAAAAUUGUUCAAUUUUUAAGCUUUUUAAAUGUAUCUAGCAACCUUAUUAAGUCUACAUAAAUAUCCUAAUAUUGGUUUUAAACUUUAUUAAAAUAAAUGAAGCAAUGAAAUAGGAUCUAAACUUUGGAACAGAUUUUUCAAUUAUCCUAAUUGCCCUAUUUUCUCGUAAUUCGCCUAAUUUUUCAGUAUAAUUACGAUCAGUUACACUAGCUUUUAUUUAAAUUAAAUUUUCCAGUUAAAAAUGAUUUAUUUUGCAAAUCAAUACCUACUAAAUGAUAAAACGCUGGUAUAUUUCCGUCAGAAGGCCUACAAGAGCGAUUGUAUCUCAUAAAUUGGCUUAUCACUUAUCAUUUCUCAUUCAGUAGGUAUUAUAUUUUCCAACUAUCAUCAACCUUGACUUAUAGAGGAAACUAAAAGAUUAAAUUGUUGAUAUUGAUUCUCCAACUAAUAAAUAACAUCAUCUACCUUUUAAAUCUUUAAAUGCAUGAAUCUUUCGACUUGGAUUUUCUUAACAGGUGUUUGAAUAAUGAAAAAUAGACUAAUUCAUGCAAAACAAUUAAAAGAUAAGCUUUUAAAUGGCCCAAGGAAGAUAAUUUACCUGUGGGAAAAUUUAAUUAAAGGACUAAAACUCUGUGACAUGUAGUCCUGAUUAAAACAGCUAACAGGUGGCACCACUAUUACUCUUCUUUCUUCAAUAGAUGGCAGUAGUAAUACACGACGUAAAAUUCUCUUACUAUUAAUUACAAUUAUGUAAAAAAUUUCAUUCAGUUGUAUUAAUUAUUAGUUUUUCUUUUUUUUUCCUAAAAAGUUUAAUCAACCUGAAAAGUGUUAACAAAAUGUUAGGCGUGAAAAUCUAUGCCAGUGUGAAAUGUUUCAACUUACUUUUCGCACAUAAUGUUCCUCACACACAGAGCAGUUUCUCGGCUCUUUGUGAGUGAGUGUGAUAGUAAAAUACAGAAUUCUGUGAGAAAAUUCACAAAAUCUCGGGAAUAGGAGUGUAGUGAUGAUGAGAAAUUUGCGAGAGAACUUCGGUAGUCUCCGUCUAAUGCUGGGGUUGUAAUUUUGGGUAUAGAAAAGAGCGAAACCAACAUAAUUUUGUAGUACAAUUUCGGGUGUUGUGUGGUGUAUGCGGGGAAUUUUGUAGCAAUGGUGUAUGGAUUUUGUGAUGUGAGUGAAUGAGAAAAUUGUACAUGCCUGGGGAAAGCAAGAAGGGUAUACGUACGACGUUACUAUUUAGUUGAAAAAUUGUGUAGCCAGAGAGUCACAUGGAAUGUUGGUUUUUUUUGUUGUGUUAGUUCCUACGUGACGUUCAUCAGUGCAGAACGUGUGCUCUUGGGUGCUUUGGGUUUUAUUUGCAAGUGAGUGAGAGAAUGAGAAGAAAAGUGCGAAGAAGCUUAAAGAGUGUUAUUUUUAUUAAUAUAAAAAUUUAAUUUAUUAUUUUUUACUUUGUUUUAUUUAUAAAAUCAUUUCGUUUGCGAAGUAGUUUAUUGGGGGAGAGUGCAAAAUAUGACGGAGAUUAUUAUAAAAUGAUCAUUUCUAUAGCACCUGUGACGUCAUGCUGACUGAAUUAACGCACUAGUAGUUGUAAUUUACUAGUAGUGUGGUGUUGUUAGUAAGACCUAUCUGUGUCAGACAUUUUUUUUGCGCCACUUGUGCGGUAUUUGAAAUGGAAUGAAACCUGUGUGCUGAGUCUCUUGUUGGUGGAGUUUUUCACAUGAUUUUCACCUUCGACAAGUUAAUUAGAUGACGAGGGGACUUUAACUGGUGGAAUUUAUGGUGUAAAAGGAGGAGAAUAUAGUUUAUUGGAUAUACCAGUGUGUGUUCUAACUAAACAAUAGUGGUGCUAGGCUAACUCUAGCUAGCCUGUGAAGCAGAAAAGCCAAAUUAUAAAGAAAAGUUGGCUAAAAAGGUUUACUGGAAAAGUUUUCCUUUUCAGAGAGUUAGAAUGUGUUGGAAAGAGAUAAAAGUCCAAUUGGUGUAAAUGUGUAUAUGAGAUGUGAAGAUUACAAUGUUACGCGCGGUGUGGAAAAGAGAUGAAAAAUUUGCUGACUUGGACAAUAUGAGGUGGUUGCGUAAAAACUGACCGUAAUUGGAUAUCCACAUAUUGAAGGAGAGAAUAAGAAGAAUAGAAAAAAAGAAACAUAUGUGAAAUAAUAAUUAAAUGCUCAACAAUACUCACACACACACAGCUUGAGCUGAAAAGGUGCAAUUUUACGUCGUAUUCUUUUGAUUCCCAAAGGCAUGGUAGAGACGACGGCAAAGAAGAACGAAAGGACAUAAAAAGAAGAAAGGAAGAAUAAAUAAUCGGGCCCCCUCAAAGUUGUGAGAUUUGUUUUUUUUUGGUGGAAAAAGGGGACAAAGAAAGUCCUCAGCAGCGACGAAAACAUAUUUUUAGAGGUGAAAAAGAGACAAAAAUGCUGGAAGAAGAUGAUCUUAUGAUUUACCAAGAAGAACCAGAAGGAGAAAAUAGCGAUGACAUUGCAGAUGAUGAUGAUGGUGAAGAAUUUGAAGGCAAUGGCGAGACGUCGUGGUGCUUUUCACAAAUUAAAGGGGCUCUGGACGAUGACGUAACGGAUGCUGAUAUCAUAUCCUGUGUUGAAUUCAAUCACGAUGGCGAACUACUUGCAACCGGCGACAAGGGUGGUCGUGUGGUUAUAUUCCAAAGAGAUGCGGCAUCGAAGAGUUCUGUGCCACGACGAGGCGAAUACAAUGUGUAUUCAACAUUUCAAUCACACGAGCCUGAAUUUGAUUACCUGAAGUCGUUAGAAAUAGAGGAGAAGAUAAAUAAAAUUCGAUGGUUGAAGAGGAAGAAUCAGGCGCACUUCCUUCUAUCGACAAAUGAUAAAACCAUAAAGCUGUGGAAAGUGUCGGAGCGUGAUAAGAAGGUUGAGGGGUAUAAUACAAAGGAGGACACGGGUACUGUACGCGAUCCAACACACAUUACAGCCCUACGGGUGCCGACGAUAAAGCCAAUGGACCUUAUGGUUGAGGCAUCACCAAGGAGGAUUUUUGCCAAUGCUCACACGUACCACAUCAAUUCGAUAUCCGUUAAUUCUGAUCAGGAGACAUACCUUUCGGCAGAUGAUCUGCGUAUAAAUUUGUGGCAUUUAGAAAUAACCGAUCAGUGUUUCAAUAUUGUCGAUAUAAAGCCAACAAAUAUGGAGGAAUUGACUGAAGUGAUUACAGCUGCGGAAUUUCACCCGACCGAAUGCAAUUUACUCGUCUACUCGAGCAGCAAGGGCACAAUUCGGCUAUGUGAUAUGAGGUCGGCCGCCCUAUGCGAUCGCCAUGCCAAGCAAUUCGAGGAGCCGGAAGAUCCCACGAAUCGUAGCUUCUUCAGUGAAAUCAUCAGUUCGAUAAGUGAUGUGAAAUUGAGCAAUUCGGGACGUUACAUGAUCUCAAGGGAUUAUCUCAGUAUAAAGGUGUGGGAUCUUCAUAUGGAGACAAAGCCCAUUGAGACGUAUCCGGUUCAUGAAUAUUUAAGGUCUAAGCUCUGUUCACUGUAUGAGACCGAUUGCAUUUUCGACAAGUUCGAGUGCUGCUGGAAUGGCAGCGAUACGGCGAUAAUGACGGGAAGCUACAAUAAUUUCUUCCGUGUAUUCGAUCGCAAUUCGAAGAAGGAUGUAACGUUGGAGGCAUCGCGGGAUAUUGUGAAGCCUAAGACGGUGCUGAAGCCGCGGAAGGUGUGCACGGGGGGUAAGAGGAAAAAAGAUGAGAUUAGUGUAGACUGUUUGGAUUUCAAUAAGAAAAUCCUCCACACGGCCUGGCAUCCAUUAGAGAAUAUUAUAGCUGUGGCGGCGACCAAUAACUUAUUCAUCUUUCAGGAUAAAUUUUAGCCAACAUUUCUUUAUUUUCAAUCCCAUUUUUGCGCCAUGUUGGUUUCAAACAGACACACACACACACCACCCUGUAUUCUCUUUUUUUAUUAUUAUUUUCUCUUUGUUUUUGUCCCCCCAAAAAUAUCUCCAUUUCACACAACAAAAAAUGGCACAAAAUACAUCAAAAAAUUUAUUCUUUUUUUCAUUUUUUGUUGUUAUUCCUUCCUCCAACUGUGCUCCUCCCCCCUUCUUCAUCCCAUUUCAUCUGAUGCAUGGUGAGAAAAAUCGAGAUAAAAUUUAAUAUUAAAACAACAACAACAAAAAUCAUUGGCGAAAAAUAUUUAAAUAACGCGAAAAUGCCUCUUUUGAGUUAAAACAAGAAAAAAAUAGAUAAAACAGCAAAAACUCUGCUAAAAAAAUUCCUUUUUUCACGUGAAAAAGAGAGAAAGAUUGAAAAUUUUUGUAUACAGAGCAUUAGAGAUUUAAAAAAAAAGAGAUAGGAAGAGAGUUUAGUAUAAAAAAUAAAUCCUUUUUAUUUAGCAAAAAAAAAGUCUUUACGUUUCGUUACCGCAUUUCUCUGUAUCAAAAGAAAAAAUAUGUAAAAAAAAAAAUGCAAAAAGGCAUAGCUGUAGGAAAAUAAAGAAAAAUCAUAGCAAAAAAAGUAAAUAUAUGGAGAAAAAAGAAAAAUCGUAAAAAACAAACACAUUGCCGUAAGAGGGAGAAUGAAGGCCAAGGAUAGAGAACGAAGAAAAAGGUAUGAUUUUAUGCAAAAAAAAAAGGACGAAAUAGCAAUUUUAUCACUUGCAAAAGGAAAUUGCCGGAAUUGAUGCUGCUGCGUUAUAAAAAUAUAUUCAGCGGAAUAAAAUUGUGUUAUAAAUUCAAUGAAGAUAAAUUUUAAAAAUCAGUGCCAGCUGCUGAUUAAAUUGCAUUAAUUUUUUUUCUACAACACAUUGCAUUAAACAAAAAUACAGAGAGCAGCGCAAGAACUACAUAAUAAAUUUUUAAAAGUAAUAUAUUAGUAAAAAAAAGAAAAGGAUUCGAGAGGAAAAAAAAUUAAUGAAUGAGAACGAGAAAAGUAAGAAAGAAAAGGAAAAAAAACUAGAGUCAUCUUGUAAUAAUGUAAAAUUAAAGAAUAUUUUUAUAAAAUAAUAAAAUAAGUAUUUGUAAAACAAAUGAUUUGUGGGGAGGAUGAUAGGGAGAAGGAGAAUACUGUGGGACAAAGUAAUCGGAAAGCAACACACAAAAUCACAACAUUUUCCAUUUUUUUUCUGUAUAAGAAAUCCUCUAUUUUUUUUUGUUAAUCUUUAUUAGUUUCCUAAUUUUUAGCUGAAUUUGUUUAAAAGAAAAAGUAUAAAAAGAUUUCAAUAAUUGGGGUUGAUUCAGUGGAAAAUCUUUCCUUUAUAGCAAAGGGUUUGGAGAUUAGCUUGAAUUGCUAUAAAAUUGACAAACAGUGCCCUCAAGAACCAUGGCCAUUUAUAGGUCUACCUCCAGUUGUUAUAAAUUGACAAACAGCGCCAUUAUCUUCCGUAAAAACCUGUGGCGGCGAAAUUCGAAAGCUUAGGGUUGUUUUAUAGCUACUGGAAAUUGAUCUUAUGAUAGCAAUUUUAUAGCUCAAAAAUGUCUUGGCUAAUCUUAGGCUUGUAAUGGGCCUAAUUCAGCGACUAAGAAAUCCUUGAAAUCUUUGAAUUUUGUACUAAAAUUCCCAGUUUCCAAGCGAAUUUCAAAGGUUUCUUGGUCGCUGAAUAAGACCCAAUAUCUUGUGAAUUGUAAGGAAAGAAAAGAUUUUCCACAGAAUUGAAUUUAUUCUCAAUGUUUUGUGAAAGAGAACCGCGUCAAUACAUUUAGGGGAGUCCUACUGUAGUUUAAUUUAAUUUGAUGGGAUAUUUAUUUAAAUGUUUUUUUUUUCGAAAUAAACUUUUGCAAAAUGUUUUUGAGAGAAAAAUUCCAAGCAAAAGGUUUUGCAAAAAGUGCAAAAAAAAAGUAUUUUGAAAUUUUGUCUUCCUGAGUUUGCCUUUUGCAGCAGCCUCGCAUCAAUUUUUCUCUCUUCAAAAAGACACUGAAAAAAAAAAGUUUAAAAAGUCAAUUUUUUUUUAGAAUCAAAGGAAAUUUUCUUUUCCCAAAAAAAAAAAAAACAAUUUAUUUCUUCGCAAAAGAAAUUUCCGCAUCAAUAUUAUCCGUGCCUUCCGCUACUUUUGAGUUUUGUGUGGAAAGAAAAAGUUUCUUAUAAUCGAAAAGUGGUUUAACUUUUUUUUUUUAUUACUCUUUGAAAAUUUUUCAUGCAUCUCAAAUAGGCAAAUAUUUGCAGAGUGUGAAGAUGAAUGAGAAAGCUGAUUUGUGCAUGCUCUUUGGGAUAUCACGUGAAGAAUAUUUUUCUUCUCGGAAAGGAAUUUUAUAUAACAUAAUAGCUCAACAAACACCAUGCAACAAAAUUAGGAGUUUUAUGACUUAAAGAAAAUUCUUUUGGUUUGUUAGGAAGAUAAUUUUAUGAUUUACUAUAUCAAUUGAGAGGAAUUUUGGGAAGGUUCUUUUUAUUAUUUGGUGAGAUUCUUGUUUAAUUCAGCUUGAUUAUUUCGAGCUAUCCUUAAAUGCAAUUAAAUGACCAAAAGCUCAAAUUUUCGAAGAUUUUCUCUUCUGUUAAAGUUAUUUCAGCAAAAUAUAAAAAAAUAUAUUAUUUAAAGUUUUUUCUUAACAAUAAAUAUUUUUUAUUUGUAUUUUUGAGAAAAAUAAUGAUAAUGACGUCACUUUAGCUUAGACACAUACCAUAAAAAAAUUGAUAGUUUUCCUAUAAUCGCAGGAAUAAUACUAAAUUUUUCGUUUGACGAACAAAAAGAAUGAGAAAUAGAUAAAAUCACAAUCUUUCGACUUAUUUGGUUUGAAUUUUUCAUAUCAAUAACAUCAUAAACGUUUUUUUAGUUUUAUAGCAAAAAAUGUGUCUUGGCUAUGACAUUUAAUUUUUCUUUAAUCUACAAAUUGCAAAUAAAACAGUAAAUAUUUUCAACAGAGUAAAGAACUUAAUUUCACAGCAUUUCUUAUAAAGAAAAAUUAUUAUUUUCCUUUUUUGCAUGAGCGAGAAAAGAAAACUUGUUGCAUGGUGUAACUGCAAUCGGGUGCCAAAAUUUUUCUUCUUUCCCUUUUUAACCACCCCAAAAUUUAUUACUCACUUUGGCCAGGGAGGAAUUUCUUUUUUGGUAUUACCCUCAUGAGGCAUUUGGACAAUUUCUAAGAGUGCCAUACACACAAUUUUUGUGUUUCAAUUUUCAUGUUUUUCUCCAAAGAAAAAAUUUUUUUUGUUGCAAAAAAAACCGCAAAUCCCACUCGGAAAAGCGCCCAGUGAGUUGAAUUAAAAAAAAGAAGAAAUAACUUAAUAAAAAUGAAUAUUUGGGAAAAUCCUUUUUGUACAAAAUAAAAAUAGUUGCUUUUCAAGUUUACGAUUAAGCGUUUUAAGUGAGCAAACAAGAAGAAAAAAAAAACUUGUAGAAAUAUUUACUAAAAUGAAAAAUAAAAAAGGAAUCGAAGAAAGUGAAAUUGAAAUCAAAAUAUUUUAUCUUCACCUUUUUGCAUCAAAGAAAAUUAAAAAUUUUAAUAAUCAUUUUUUUUAAAGAAGGAGAUUUGAGAGGAAACUGAUGAAAGGGAAGAAAAGUUUGGUUGGCCUCUGAGAAGAAAUUUAUCAAAAUAAAAAUCAUAAAAGUUCAGUUUUCUUCUCUUUUUUUUUAAGUAGUUUUUUUUGUACGUCUGUCGCGUCGGAGAAAACGGAUGUGAGAUGGAAAUUGGAUGCAUUUUUUGUGUUUAGAAAAAAGAAAAAAAUGAUGGUGAAUAAGAAAAAGUUGAAAAUUGGACGAGAAUUUAGUUUCAAUUUUAACUUUAUUGCUACAACGAUUUUUUCCUCACCAACUUUUUAUUUAUUCAAAAAUAUACAUAAAUUUCCCCCUCUUUUGUAGUUAAGUGUGUAUAUUAUAAGAUUAAUUAUAAAUAUAUUGUUAAUAUGAAUAAAAUACAAAAAUCUUGAAAGGCAA